GUUCCUUCCAGAGUUAUAUCCCACUGUGUCACAAAUCACAUGCUUAGCUGGUCCUAAUUAUCUCCUAGCAAACUAGAUAAGUAAAUUAUCACAUACAAGGAUGGUCAUAAAGAAUCAAGCCACAAAAGGAGGCAAAUAUAUUCAUCACAGCUUUGACAAUUAUAAUAAAUUCAUGCCAGAAAAAACCACCUCUUUAAAUCUCCCUCAUGUUUCACUCCAUUCAUCACAAACCACCAUUUGCUCAACCCUCUCUCUCUCUCUCUCUCUCGGAUUUAACCAUGGCAAGAAGGAGCAAAGGUCGCCAGAAGGUUGAGAUGACAAGAAUGUCCAAAGAGAGCAACCUACUUGUCACCUUCUCAAAGCGACGCUCCGGCCUCUUCAAGAAGGCGAGCGAGCUCUGCAUCCUCUGCGGUGCAGAAGUGGCCAUCGUCGUCUUCUCACCGGGCAAGAAGGUGUUCUCCUUCGGCCACCCUGGCGUCGAGUCCAUCAUGGAUCGCUUCCUCACUCGAAACCCUCCAUCAAGCAGUAGUAGUACUACUUCAACCACACUCCAACUGGUGGAGGCUCACCGCGAUGCCAGUAUCCGCGAACUCAACAAGCAACUGACCGAAGUACUUAACCGGUUGGAAGCUGAGAAGAAGCACGGCGAAGAGCUUAGCAGUGUGAGGAAGGCUAGCAGGAGCAAGGGGUGGUGGGAAGGCCCCAUCGAAGGGCUUGGACCGGUGGAGCUCGAGCAGUUGAAGGUGGCGAUGGAGGAGCUCAAGAAGGAUGUUGCUAAGCAGGAGAAGAUUAAAAAGGAGGGUUUGAGUGGUUUGCCAUUUUUGGGGGGUUCUAGCUCAAAUGGAGGGCUUCUUGGUGGUGGUGCUCUUGAUGCUAAAGUUUGUGGCCUUGGUCUGUCCAUGACACCACAUGGUUAUACCCUAGGAUAUGGACAUGGGUUUUUCUGAUAAUUUUAUAUAUGAAUGUUUUUUUUGAGUGAAGCUUAUUUCUUAAGUGUUUGUUUUUUUUUUUUUUUUGCAAUUCCAAUAAAUAGUGCCUUUUAACCUA